CACCACAGGGGGACGUCGGCGGCGCGCGACGCAGUUCGCAGAAUAAAUGCGGUGGCGCCGGGCGUAGGAGCGCUUCGGCCGGGGCGCUUGUGGGUGUUCGGUCGUUUGGCGGCGUUGUGGCCCGCGCCUGAGCCGACCCUGCUUUCUCACUGUGCCAUGGCGGACGAGGGGAAGUCCUACAACGAGCACGAUGACCGCGUUAGUUUCCCUCAAAGAAGAAAGAAAGGCCGGGGUCCUUUCCGGUGGAAGUAUGGUGAGGGGAACCGUAGGUCUGGAAGAGGAGGGUCUGGCAUUCGAUCUUCCCGCCUGGAGGAAGAUGACAGAGAUGUGGCAAUGAGUGAUGCCCAAGAUGUUCCCCGAAUACGACACAACCCCUAUCCUUCCCGACCCAACCGUCGAGGUGACAGUUGGCACGAUCGAGAUCGCAUUCAUGUUACUGUGCGGAGAGACAGAACUCUUCCAGAGAGAGGAGGAGCUGGCACCAGCCAGGAUGGGACCUCAAGAAACUGGUUUAAGAUUACAAUUCCCUAUGGCAGAAAGUACGAUAAGUCGUGGCUCCUGAGCGUGAUUCAGAGCAAGUGCAAUGUCCCUUUCACCCCCAUUGAGUUUCACUAUGAAAACACACGGGCCCAGUUUUUUGUUGAGGAUGCCAGUACUGCCUCUGCAUUGAAGGCCGUCAACUAUAAGAUUGUGGAUCAGGAAAACCGAAGGAUAUCGAUCAUCAUCAACUCCUCUGCCCCUCCCCAUUCGGUACAGAACGAACUGAAGCCAGAGCAGGUCGAGCAGCUAAAGCUAAUCAUGAGCAAACGAUAUGAUGGCUCCCAGCAAGCGCUUGACCUCAAGGGGCUCCGUUCAGACCCAGACUUGGUAGCCCAGAACAUCGAUGUUGUCCUGAACCGCAGGAGCUGCAUGGCGGCUACGCUGCGAAUCAUCGAGGAGAACAUCCCUGAGCUUUUGUCCUUGAACUUGAGCAACAACAGGCUGUACAGGCUGGAUGACAUGUCCAGCCUUGUGCAGAAAGCACCCAGCCUGAAGAUCCUCAACCUCUCCGGGAAUGAGUUGAAGUCUGAGAGGGAGUUGGACAAGAUAAAAGGGCUGAAGCUGGAAGAGCUGUGGCUCGACGGAAACCCACUGUGCGACACCUUCCGAGACCAGUCUACCUACAUCAGGUCAGUUGUAGCCUCUGUCUCCCCUCCUGGGGACCUUCACCCCCCGGGAGGCUGAGCUAAUAUACCCUGACCAGUGCCCGUCUGCAGGAGAUGUGCAGCCCUGAGCUGGAACCAAGUGUCCUUUGGGAGGAUCACGUGCUCCUCCCUUCGUCUGUCCGUGUGUCCCAGCUUGACCCCAAGGUCUCCUUCCCUUCCUUCUCCCCUGACUACCUGUUUGCUGUUCUGUGGUCUUUCCUCUUCCCGAACACAGCCUUUUCUAGAGUCUCCCCACCCUGCU